GUCGUCUGUAUCCAGUGUUUCCAGCAUGUCUCAUCACUCCAGUUGCAUUUUGGGGAGUAGCUUUAAGAAGAGGCUGGACCUCAGGGUGAUUGACAGCCGACCUGUCCGCAAGGAGACACUGCUGAACUCUGAGUUUGGUAUAUUCAGUGGCCUUCACAUGGAAGAUCUCCAGUCUGUAGCAGAGCUGUCCAGACCAGACUUUGUGAGUCAUCCUCACCUCUACUUUAACAGAAAGCAGGAGAGCAGCCCAAUUCUACCUGAAAAGACACACACACAGGCAGUGAAAGCAGUGUUUGAUGAGCACAGCCUGUUCCCUAAAGAGCUGUUGGAUCUGAGAGACGGCCUGAGCCAUGGAGACUUACGGAACAAUCGGGAAGAGAGGAAGGAGUGCAGGGAGCGGAAGACUGGGAAAGGGAGAAGUCGGAAAGACAGAAACCCAAAGGGGAGUGUUUCAGGGACACCUUUCAAGUGAAAACCAACACACACACUCUGGCUUCAUGUGAGAUCAAGAUCGCCACCACUUUGCCUUCAAGAGUUCCUGACAGCUGCCCUUCAGAUGAAGGAUAAUGUCUGCUAUCAGGUGGCCCUUGUUAAGGAGCUCAAACACACCCAAACCUAGACAUCCUAGGUCACUUGAACAUGUCAUGCUGGUUGAACUGAAGACAGUACACACACUCUCACAAACACACACACAUUUGUCCAUGCUUAUAAUUUUUAUAGAUUUAACAUCAUUACACUACUGUUGCAACUUUUAUCAUCUUCCGAUAGUUGUAUCCAUUAAGCUGCAUCAGACAUGGCUAAUCAACCCCAGGUUAUUCCUCAGCAGACACCAUAGUCAGAAUGGGAGGAUGCUGCAUUUAAAGGAGGUGUAUUUUAUUAGUCUGACAUUUAAUGGUAUGUGACUUUUAGACUGUAGCCUAUAAAAUGGGUUGGGUUUAUGUGUUAGACAGAGAUGCUGCAGACUAAUGCCAUCCUAUGCUUCUCUUUCUUUAUCGUUGUGUUACCCUGUGUGUUCUGACCUCUCCCCACCCUGACCUUGUGCUCCCAGCCACGACCAAAUGGCCCAAACUUGAUGUGUUUGCUCACCAAAUGAAUAGUGGUUCUCAAGUUGGUCUUUCUCCACAUGGUGCCAUUGGCAUCUUUGAGACAGAAAUAGCUCUCUUUGUUGUGUUUACAUCCCAUUCUCAGGGUUGGCUAUAAUGCACAGUGCCUGACUGGAGCCUGUGGCCUCCACAGAGUUAGAUAAGUUCGCUUUUAUUCCUUUUUUCCCAGCCUACUUGUGGAAUUACCUCCAAAUCUCACUCGAAUAAGAUGUUUUUGCUAGGCUAGGCCAUUGAGUAGGAUGACCAAGGCUCAUUUUUGUACUGAAGAAACUGUUUUCCAAGUAAUUAUGUGGGCUACUUGUAUUGGCCUGUAAACUGUAUACGAAUGCCCAUGAUUGUGUUUUUUCUUGUUAUCUGUUUUGAAUGUGUGUAUGUUGAUGUUUACUGAUAGCCAACAAAACAAAACAGGCGAGCCAUCCACAAUUAUUAUUGGGAUCAGAAUGACUCAAUUAAGGAGAAAUACUAUACUCUUGAAAGAUGACAGAGAAUGGCUGUCCCCCUCUCUGUCUCUCAGUCUCUCCCCCUU